AUGAAGGGAGACCCUAAGGUUACCGACAUACGAGCUCUUAAGUAUGCACCCUCUGGAGAAAUUUUUUAUAAACUUAAAUUAACUGAUGAAUAUAAAUUACUCAACCAACGCAGGAAUGCCCGAAUUAACAACAUUCCUUUUAAUAAUAUACCUAACCUAUACAACGAACGCAGGAAAAUUACAAAAAAAAAAGUUCUUAGAUUUACUCAAUGCCGAGAGAUUACCAAAACUAUUAUGACAACCUUCCUCAUGAAGCCUAAAAUAUAUUUAACAUUAUUUGAUUAUUAUUAA